AUGGCAUACGCACAGUGGGUGGUUAUCCAUAUCAUCAACAGUUUCCGUCAAGGAACGAUCAGCCUCAAAAACGCACAAGCCAUGUGGGGCAAAUUUUACAAGAAUGGCAACAAAGAUGCCGAGAUUGGCGCUGGUGAGGUCAACGAGACGACCGUUGCCGCGGGUUCUGAAGCCGAUAUUUCCUCGUGCGGUCGCUCUGACGCCGCUUCUGGCACCGAGGGCAAGGUUGACGUCUUUGACGGCGAUACCCAAGUCUGCACGAUCUACUGGAACUGCCCCUGGGGUUCCAAGUCGAACGACUUUCAAAUCCAAAACCGCAACAACGAUUACGGUAUUACCGUUGGUGAAUGGAACAGGGACUCUGGUGCGCUUGGCAAAGUGGACGUGGAUGUCUCGAAGAAGGGAUAG